ACAAAAAGCAUGUUUUUUUUUUUUUUCGAUAUUUAUAAAUAGUAGAAGAGAUUCUCUUUAACUCUCGUGUUCAUGUCGGUUUUACUUUGAUUGCUAAACAUUUGCGAGAAGAGAAAAUAGAAGAAACACCUAAACCUUCAGGGAGGAUCUAUAUAGGAUAUCUUAGCGUGGGGGUUAGCUACUGGGCAAAGAAAAGAAAAGGGAUGGAGAGCGACUCAGGGAUGGUGGUGUUUCCAUUGUUGACGACGCCCAUCGAAUCCAACUACAGGGCAUGCACCAUUCCCUACAGAUUCCCUUCCGAUAAUCCUCGAAAGGCUACCCCUACCGAAAUCGCCUGGAUCGACCUCUUCCGCAAUUCCAUUCCCUCCUUCAAGAAACGAGCUGAGAGCGAUAAUACUGUGGCUGAUGCUCCAGCUAAAGCUCAGAAAUUUGCUCAAAGGUAUGCAGAGAUACUUGACGACUUAAAGAAAGAUCCUGAAAGCCAUGGCGGGCCACCUGAUUGUAUUCUUCUCUGCAGACUUCGCGAACAGAUUCUUAGAGAAUUGGGAUUUAGAGAUAUAUUCAAGAAAGUCAAAGAUGAAGAAAAUGCGAAGGCCAUCUCCCUAUUUCCGGAUGUAGUUCGUCUUAAUGAUAAUAUUGAAGAAGGAGGGAAGCGUCUGGAGAAUCUGGUUAGAGGAAUAUUUGCUGGAAACAUAUUCGACCUUGGUUCUGCACAGCUUGCUGAGGUUUUCUCAAGAGAUGGAAUGUCCUUUUUAGCUAGUUGUCAAAAUCUUGUUCCUCGACCUUGGGUCAUUGAUGACUUGGACAUUUUUAAAGCAAAAUGGAGCAAGAAAUCUUGGAAAAAGGCAGUCAUUUUUGUUGACAACUCUGGUGCAGAUGUGAUCUUGGGUAUUUUGCCAUUUGCAAGAGAGUUGCUCCGACGUGGGACCCAGGUUGUUUUGGCGGCUAAUGACUUACCUUCCAUCAAUGAUGUAACUUAUUCUGAGCUGGUUGAGAUUAUAUCAAAGUUGAAGGAUGAAGAUGGUAAGCUUGUUGGUGUUGAUACCUCAAAUCUUUUGACUGCCAAUUCUGGUAAUGAUUUACCGGUUAUUGAUCUUACAAGAGUAUCACAAAAGCUUGCCUACCUGGCAAGUGAUGCAGGCCUAGUUAUUUUGGAAGGCAUGGGUCGUGGAAUAGAGACUAAUCUUUACGCUCGGUUUAAGUGCGAUUCCCUUAAGAUCGGAAUGGUGAAACAUCCAGAAGUUGCUCAGUUUCUUGGAGGAAGGCUGUACGAUUGUGUCUUUAAAUACAAUGAAGGUUUGGGUUGAUAAUGCCAUUCUUGCUUACUCUUCUCAAUGCAAUUUGUUUAUCUUUCAAUGCAUAUAUUUUCUGGUCGUAGUGCCUAGAAACUUUAUGUUUGAACGUCAAAAGCAGCCAUUCCACCAAUAAUGAAAUGUAAAAACUAGUUGCAUGCGUUUGAUUUUUAUUCUAUGCAUGUAUGUAAACUUGGAUGCUGAAUAUCUCUUAAUAUGAAGUAUUAAAGAAAAAUUAUAAUGCAUAGGCUUUAUGCUUGGUCUUCACAUCAUCAUGCUUUUGUCAAAUGAAAUAACAACUGAGGAGUGAGGUCCAACAAAAUGCUGAUAGCGUCCGGAGUAUGUGGAUGGCAAGCCGGCUUGGAAUUUAGCCUCCAAGCAACUCAUCUUAGAAACAAAGUGAGAAAGGGGCAUACAAAAUAUAUAAAGCAACGGGUAUCCUACGUGUUAAUAUAGAUGGC